AUGACUUUACCUAAUUUACCUUAUGAUUGUAUUUACUAUAUUUUAAAUCAAUUUCAAAAUGAUCGUUCAACUUUAUUAAAUUGUUUAUUAGUUGAUAGAUCAUGGUGUGAAAUCACGGUUCCUUUGCUAUACGCAAAUCCUUUUAUAAGAAUGGCUGAAAAUAGUUAUUCAAUUAUCUUAACUUUGAUUUCAUGCUUUGAUAAAGAAGAAUUAUUAUUAUUAAAAAAUCAAUUAAAACUUAAUAAUAUUAAUUUUAAUUUUAUUAAUAAUAUUAAUAUAAAAUAUAAUAAACCAUUAUUUGAAUAUCCAAAAUAUUUGAAAAUUUUUGAUUUUAGUACAAUGAAUUUAAUAAUUAUUAAAUGGUUUGAAAGUUAUUCAAAAUUAUCAUUUACUCAACGUGAUAAUUUAUCUAAAAAUAUUCUUCCAUUAAUUUUUCAAAUAAUUUUAAAAAAAUGUACAAAUAUCAAACAUUUUUAUAUUACAAUUUCUGAUAUAAAAUUUUUAAAUAUUAAAAAUCUCACCUCAAAUUUAUCAAAUUUAGAUUCAUUAACAUUACAAUUUCAUGAUACUAAUAUGACAAAAGAACUUCUUAUCGAUAUGGAAAAUAUUUGUUUAAAUUUGAAACGAUUGGAAAUUUCUAUUUCUUAUUAUAUUCAAAAUAAUUCUUACAUUUUUAAAAAACUUUGUAAAGUUAUUCAAAAACAAAAAAAUCUUAAAGAUUUCAAAUUAUCUUGUGAUAAUACUUUAUUAAAUAAUAUCUUGAUAUCUUUAGAAUUUCAAAAAUAUUCUUUAGUUUAUAUCGAAUUUGAACAUAUUAAUUUUAAGAAUAUUUCUUUAAAGAAUUUUAUAAGUUUACAUAAUUUAAAAUAUUUAAAAUUUCAUUAUUGUUGUGGAUUAUUAUUAGAUGAAAUUGAUAUCCUAACUUUUGCAUCAUUUAAACUGGAAGAAUUAAUCCUUUCAUGUAAUGAUUGGAAUCAUAAUAUUACAGCUUCAAUAAUCAAAUAUUUAGGUGAAUCUUUACAAAGUUUAUUAUUAUUUUCAGAAAAUUUAACAAUUUCAAUUAUGAAAAAUUUAUCAAUUUAUUGUUUAAAUCUUAACACUUUAGACAUUGAAACUAAAUAUUUAACUUUUCCUGAUCUUUUUACAAAUUAUUUUAAAAAUUUAAGAAUAAGAAUUUUACAUAUUAAAUUUAAUUAUCAUUAUGAAUUACGUGAUUUGUUAUUUACGAAUUUAGCAAUUAAUUUACCUAUUAAUCUUAAAGAAAUUACUAUUCGUUCUCGUAGAUAUAAAUAUUUUAAGAAAUUUUUAGAAAAUUGUCAUAAUAAUAAUUUAGAAAUAAUUCAUUUUAAUUGUAAUGUUGAUUUAGAAUUUCUUGAAACUAUUUUAAAUUUUAUUGAAAGAACUAAUAGUAAAUUAAAAUUAUUAAGUAUAUUUAAUAUAGAAAAUUGUUUUAAAAAUAAUAAGAAAUCUUCUGAAUUAUUGGAUCAAAUUAAUGCUAAAGGAGUAAAAAUUGUAGAUUUUGGUAGUAUUUAUAAAUUUGAAGUUAAGUUUGUUACUUAA